AUGACCAACCCUAAAUCUUCUCGCCCGAUGGACGGUGCUGCUGCUCGUCGUAUCAUGUCUACGGCUUAUGGCAACUCAGGCUCGGUCGAGAGUGGCUCCUUUGCUGCUCGUGCUCAGUCGGCAGCUCAGCGCAAUAUGAACAAUGGUGUUGUGCCAGGAUGGAGUGCAAGUGCCAAUAGUGGCGCCUCCAAAGGCAGUGGCGGUUAUAUCCGUGGAAACGGCUCCAACAAGUAA